AUGCCCGGCAACACGAAAAGACCGCCCUGGGAGCGUGGAAGUGGAAGUGGAAGUGGAAGUGGACGUGGAAGUGGAAGUGGAAGUGGAAGUGGAAGUAGAGCUGGAGGGGACAAGCCGAAGAAGAGAAUCUCAAAGUUCACGUACCGCCAGCUCGCGCAGCUGGCAAAGUACUCGGUCGACACGCCGCUGCGUGUCAUUGCGCACAUAGACCUCGACGCCUUCUACGCCCAAGUCGAGACCAAGCGCCUCUCCCUCCCCGCCGACGAGCCCCUCGCCGUCCAACAAUGGCAAAACCUCAUAGCCGUCAACUACGCCGCGCGCGCCCACUCCGUCACGCGCCACGAGACCGCCACCGACGCACUCAAGCGCUGCCCGCAGCUGCGCCUCGUGCACGUGGCCACCUGGCGCGCGGGCGACAUGCACUGGGCCUACCACGACACGCCCAGCAUCGCCACGCACAAAGCCUGCCUGGACCCGUACCGAGCCGAGAGCAAGAAGAUCCUGGCGCUGUUCCGCAGCGCGUGCCCGCGCGUCGAGAAGGCGAGCAUCGACGAGUCGUUCCUGGACCUGUCGGCGAUGGUGCAUGGCGAGCUUGUGCGGCGGUGGCCGGCGCUGGCGCGGGCGGCGGAGGCGGAGGCGUGGGAGAGGCUGCCGCUGCCCGGGGGGGAGGUGGAGGUGGGGUGGGCGGGGUCGUGUGUGUUGGAGAAGGAGAAGGAGGAGGAGGGGGGGGGGGGAGGGGGUGGAUUGGGAUGA